GAGGGGAGAGGAUAGAUAGCAUAGAGGGGGGGGGGUGGAGCAGGCAAGGGCAGGAGUGAGAUUGUGGUGGUGGUGUGAUUAGGCGAUGGAGAUAUGGCGAUGGACAUGGCGAGGAUAGAAGUCGAGCCUCUUGUCGAAGUCCACAACAACACCAACAACUUGCUUGUGCAUUGCGUGCUCGAUGCUUUGCCGGAUUCUUCACCUUGCUUGAAAUCCAGUGAGACUUCGUUUGAAGCUGUGGUUGUAAAGGAGGACGAGGAGGGAGGGAGGCCGCUGUUUGGCAAGCCUGAGCUCCACCCUGCCUCACCCUCGAGUGAUACAGCGGCUGCUGCAAAUGGUGAAUUCGCUAGAUGCUUGAAUUUUGUGACGGAGGCUGAUUGUGGAGAUGUAGGCGUACAAUGUUUUGAGGAUUUUGGUACGUUGCCGGACUGUGGUGAGGCGGGGAUAAGCAGGGAAGAGGGUGGAGGUAGAGACGGGGAGCAGGUGGAGUUGUUAGAGUCUAUGAGCCUCGAUGGUAGUAGGAAUUCGGAGAAUUUAGAGCUAGGGGAGCUCGGCGAAUUGUUGCAGGGGUCGGAGACGCUGGAUUCGGUUCCUGGGAACGAGGUUGGGGAGGAGGAGGCGCUGCUGUUGGCGAAAGCGGCAAAGGCGACGGGCGUUGUUGUUUCGGCCUCCGAUAGUGGUGAAUGUAGCAGUGUCGAUAGGAAGGAAAAUCAACAAAGUCCGAAAUCAUGUAAAAGUGCCGCACCGGGGAAGAAGAAGGCGAAGGUCGAUUGGACGCCGGAGCUUCAUCGGCGCUUUGUCCACGCGGUGGAACAGCUUGGAGUGGAGAAAGCUUUUCCCUCGCGCAUACUAGAACUGAUGGGAGUACAAUGUCUCACCCGGCACAAUAUCGCCAGUCAUUUGCAGAAGUAUCGCUCGCAUCGUCGCCAUCUUGCAGCCAGGGAAGCCGAGGCAGCAUCCUGGACUCAUCGUCGAGCGUACACCCAGAUGCCCUGGUCUCGAAGUUCACGGCGCGAUGGCCUUCCUUAUCUUGUACCCUUACACACCCCUCACAUACAACCUCGCCCAUCCAUGGUCAUGGCAAUGCAACCACAGCUUCAGACGCAGCACACCCCGGUGUCGACGCCUCUUAAGGUGUGGGGGUAUCCUACAGUAGAUCAUUCAAGUGUACACAUGUGGCAGCAACCUGCAGUGGCGACCCCAUCGUAUUGGCAAGCCCCCGAUGGCUCUUACUGGCAGCAUCCUGCCACCAAUUAUGAUGCGUAUUCAGCUCGCGCUUGUUAUCCCCAUCCCAUGCGAGUUUCGUUAGGCACUACGCAUGCUGGCUCUCCAAUGAUGGCUCCAGGAUUUCCUGACGAGAGCUACUACGGUGAAGAUGUUCUUGCAGCUACCAUGUAUCUUUGUAACCAAUCAUAUGACAGUGAAUUAGGACGAGCUGCGGGCGUCGCUGCGUGCAGUAAACCACCGGAGACGCAUUUAUCGAAGGAGGUUCUUGAUGCAGCCAUCGGAGAAGCGCUUGCUAACCCUUGGACUCCCCCGCCCCUGGGACUGAAGCCGCCGUCUAUGGAGGGAGUAAUCGCAGAGCUUCAGCGGCAGGGAAUCAACACUGUGCCUCCCUCUACCUGUUAGCUUUAGUUGUUUGCUGUAGAGAAUAUUUCAUUCUACGAUUCGCAUUCCAAUGACCGCUGACCGCUGGUGUCGCUUGGCUGGUGUUCAUCUCGAGGAAUCAAUUUGGUGAAAUUUUGGUUAUGUCACGGUAGGGGGGUCUAUUUUCUCCAGAGUUCCUCCGGAGAGGUGUAUGAAAGGAUCGAUUUUCUUUCUUCUUUUUUUUUUUUCUUUUUUUUCUUUUUUUUUUCUUUUUUUUUUCCUUCGAAUAAGGCUGCCUUGGUGGUGUUUCUUCUUAGUUUUUUAACGAGGGAUACCUUAUCAUAUCUGUCAAGAUAUGUCACUGAACGUUGCUGCAUGUAGACUUACGUUUAUGGUAACACUUUCUCAAUGCCAUUAAAAACCGAAACCAGUUCUUCUGAUUGUUUCAUUGGAA